AUCAACUUCCCCUCUCUCCUCUCUCACACCAACCAGCUUCGAUUGCUUCACGGGGCUGCAAUGUGGUUGUUCAUCUCCAGUCAAGGUAGCUCCGUGACUGCCCGACCGACUUCUCCUGCAACAACUGACCAUCGGUCCACGUACCUUGCUGCUUGCACCCACCACUCCUAAGUGCCGAGCCGGACUCCGGGUGCCGUCGGAUUCCCUGUGAUCGAAUACAAACAGCUUCGCCAUACCUCAGUCAACACAACAGGGAAUAUAUAAUCCACAGCCAGCGGACAAGUCCUGGCGACUGCUGUACCUGUUUGCCAACUCGUGCCGUACCCACGCCGAUGCUCGCCGGACUUCUAGCAAUCCCACCACCACCAAUCGACUGAAACGAACAAUACACCACCUUCCAUUACCUUCCGCGUCUCUCCCUUUCUUCUACAACAACCCAUAUUCCUACCCGUAUCAAUCUCCAAGCCUUGACAUACACUACCAUGGCAUGGUACUCACUUCUUCCGUCCGACUUUCUCUAUAUUGAGAAUUGGCUUGUGCGAGUCUUUAUAUUCCUCGGCUUUGUCACUAUACUCCCUUGGGCUACAUUACUGGUCUUCGACAUCUGUCUGUACAUUUGGCGGAUGGUGAAAUAUGAAUUCCCCCUCAUCGGCGGACGAGCGCGGGGUAAGCAGCGACCUCGAGCCCCGAGCUUGAACGAGAGGCCGGAUGGGCAGCCUAGGGUCCUGGGGCUGGGGACGGGGGCCCUAGUCAAUGACAUCGGAGAUGGGGGGAUUGCAAGCGUGGAGAAAUUACGAAGCAGAGGGGGGAGGCAUGAGGGAGACGAGGACACCUGAGCGCAUUUGGCGUCUCCCCGCUUCUGUGUUGAGAGAGCUCUGCUCGCCUCCCGGUGAGGCUAUUUUCCUUUAGUCUUGUCGAAUUUUGGAUUGAUGCUGCCUUGGAUGAAUACUCUUACUGCCGAUUGGCUACCGCGUGGAAGGGAAGGUGGAUGGAUGCAGUGCCUGUGCUCAGGUGGUAGUUGGAGGGAGGUCUACAUGUAUGGACAAAGGGACUGGCGACAUGUUUGAAAUUCGUCUGUGUAUAUUGAUACCCUGUAUGUACUCUGAUUUCUGCGUUGAAGAUUUGUCCUCAUCUAAAUUAUCAGGUUCCAAUUUAUAUCGUGACUAAGGUAC